CUGACUUCCGUCGGUGAUAUGAAACCCGUAAGGGCGGAUUCAUGUAGGCGCGAAACCCGUCAUCCAUCCAUCCAUAUCCAGUACACUAAUUAUUAAUACUGGUGAUAAGCUUUGAGCCGUAAACACGUGUUAGGCUUGUUUGACGAUCGAUGUGAUAUUUUGAUACUUCCAGCAGAUGUAACGUUAAAUUCAUUUUAAAAAAAAUGGAUACAAAGGGGACAGCAGUAGAAAUAAAUGGAUUUGAAGAAAUGGGAAAAUGUGAAACUGUGUCUCUUACGGAUGCCACAGACUCCAAAGUCGAGAAUGAGCGCGAAUUCUGGACAAACAAAGUGGAGUCUUUACUGUCGUUGAUAGGAUAUUGUGUAGGUUUGGGAAACAUUUGGCGAUUUCCCUACUUCUGCAUGCGGAAUGGUGGAGGUACCUUCCUGUUUGCCUUUCUUGUCUUCCUCAUCAUAUGUGGGCUUCCCAUGUACUUUGUGGAUAUGGCCAUUGGUCAGUUCACUGGUCGGACAGCUCUGCACGCAUGGGAACUGUGUCCUCUGUUGAAAGGUAUUGGUGCAGGCGUUCUCUUGGUGCUAGUUAUAAUCAGUUCCUACUACACCAUCAUCAUUGCUUGGACCCUGUUUUACCUGGGUAACAGUUUUCUCAGUCCGUUACCUUGGCGUACCUGUAACAACAGGUGGAACACGGAUAAAUGCAUCACGGACCGGAGCCUGCAGAUUAUUUCAAAUGAAACUUCAUCAAAUGAAACGGAAUAUGGACGUAUGCUUCCAAUUAAUCUAGGAAAUGCAUCAACUUUCCCAGUGAAAAUGGUUACAUCAGAAGAGGAAUUUUUUCAGCGCGGCUUAUUAGAAGUAUCGGAAGGUCUACACGAGAUCGGCGGUAUUCCCUGGCAUCUAGCAGUCUGCUAUCUGGCAGCAUGGGUCAUCCUCUAUCUGUGUCUUGUUAAAGGCAUCAGGUCCUCAGGAAAGGUUGUAUACGUCACCGCCAUCCUGCCGUAUGUACUUCUUACCGUGCUACUUAUCAGGGCUCUAUUCUUACCCGGGGCCAAGGAAGGAAUACUAUUUUAUAUCACCCCUGACCUCCGAAGGCUCGGAGAUCUGCAGGUAUGGCUAGAAGCCGCCCUUCAAGUGUUUUACUCACUCUGUCCUGCCUGGGGGCCAAUCAUCACAUUGGCAAGUUACAACAAAUUCAAUAAUAACUGUUACAGGGAUUCCAUCAUGUUGACGUUUAUAUGUGAAGGAACCAGCAUAUUUGGUGGGUUCGUGGUAUUCGCUGUUGUUGGUUUUAUGGCCGAGAGAACUGGAAUGACAAUCUCCGAGGUUGUCUCGACAGGACCAGGCCUGGUUUUUAUGGCCUAUCCAGAGGCUCUAGCUCAACUCCCGAUGCCAAAUGUAUGGUCCGUAAUGUUCUUUCUGAUGCUGCUCAGUGUUGGAAUGGAUACUCAGUUCUCACACAUGGAGACGAUAGUAACAGCUCUACUUGACCAGUUCCCUUUCCUGAGGAAGAAGAGAACCAUUAUACACGCCUUAGUGUGUGUCAUCUGGUUCUUAUUCGGACUUAUAAUGUGUUCGCAGGGCGGCAUGUACGUGUUUCAGCUGAUGGAUUGGUAUAUAGGACUAUCUAUACCCGUAUUCGGCUUCAUAGAGCUUCUAAUUAUUGGGUGGAUAUACGGAACUGAGCGAUUUUCUCAAGACGUCACCAUGAUGAUUGGGUAUGGGAUCCCUGUUGUAAUGAGAAUCGCUAUCAUUUUUGUAGCACCUGCUGCAUUACUGUUUGUGUUUGUGUUUGCCUUUGGUACAUAUGAAGCCCCAUCCUACGGAUCCUAUAAGUAUCCCACAUACGCCACCGCUAUAGGGGUGCUAAUUGGAACAGUUCCACUUGUGCCUGUCGUGGUAAUGGCAUAUAGAGCCAUCAAGAACAGCCAGGGCAAUUCAUUUGUAGAGAGAAUCUCAAACGCAUGUAAACCGUCUGUGAAUUGGAAACCAGGAUCGAAAAAGCAUGCACGGAAUUACCAAUACCCCGAACUGAAGGAAUAUAAAACUUUUUGGAGUAAACUUAAAGUGAACAUUUUUGGACGUGAUUGUAACAAAAAUUAAAGCAGAAUCAGCCACACAUAUGCUAUAUUAUUUAUAGAAGAUUUAUAUAUUGUAGAUAGUCAAAAUAUUGAGGGUGUUUUAGCGAAAACACAAAUAUUUUUAUAUGUUUAUACAUUUUUUGAAAUUAAUGUUUUAAAUAAUUCAGCUAUAUCUGCCCAAGUAGCAAUAUUACUUUGAAUACA